AUGAUUCCUACCAAUUUCCAGUCCGGUGAGAGUAUGUCGUCUAACGACCAGCCAUGGUGGAAGGACCAAGAAGAAAUAGUGAUUUCUGGAGUGUCAGGAAGAUUCCCGAGAUGUGAGAACGUCAAUGAGUUUGGAGAUCUGUUGCUACAAGGAGAGGAUCUCAUAACGGAGGACGAUCUCAGGUGGCCACCAGGCUUCUACGAUCUACCGAAGCGACAUGGCAAACUCAAGGACCUCAAAAAGUUUGAUGCUCAGUUCUUUUCUGUGACUCCUAAGCAAGCGAACUUUAUGGAUCCUCAAGUUCGAAUACUCCUUGAAGUCGCGUGGGAGGCGAUGGUCGAUGCAGGCAUCAAUCCUGUCGAUUUGCGAGGUUCUCGAACGGGAGUCUUUGUCGGAUGCUCGGCGUCUGAAACGUCCGGUGCACUCACUCAGGAUCCGGAAACUGUCACCGGCUAUACUCUGACAGGAUGUGUGCGAUCCAUGUUCUCAAAUCGUUUAUCGUAUACUUUCGAUCUGCAAGGUCCAUCGUUUUCCAAACAGUGUGAUGCUGCCAUUGUCGCUGGAGCUCAUUUAACACUCACACCGACGGCCGCACUACAGUUCCUGCGUCUCGGAAUGCUGACAGACAAAGGCAGCUGCCGUUCCUUCGAUGACUCAGGCGAUGGUUACUGUCGCACCGAAGGAAUUGCUGCCAUCUUCAUUCAACGGAAAUCAAAGGCGAAUCGCAUUUAUGCUACAGUAGUUCACGCAAAAUCGAAUACUGAUGGCUUCAAGGAACAAGGAAUCACGUUCCCAUCAGGAGAGCGCCAAGCGCAGCUAUUAGAGGAAGUUUACAGUGAAGCUGGGAUUGAUCCCAAUAGCGUUUACUAUGUGGAAACACAUGGGACUGGAACAAAAGUGGGAGAUCCGCAGGAGGCGAAUGCGAUAUGCCAAGUAUUUUGCUCCAACCGAAAAGGUCCACUUCUCAUAGGAUCCGUAAAAUCCAAUAUGGGUCAUGCAGAGCCCGCUUCAGGUCUUUGUUCUAUCGCAAAGGUUGUCGUGGCAAUAGAACGUAAAAUGCUGCCACCAAAUCUUCAUUUCAAUACACCGAAUCAGUAUAUCCCUGGUCUUAUCGAUGGUCGAUUAAAAGUUGUCACCGAGCCGACACCGUUACCUGGAGGAAUCAUAGGAGUGAAUUCUUUCGGAUUUGGAGGUUCUAAUACUCAUGUCAUUCUCAAGGCUGCAGACCACACUUCUCCACCUCUAAGUGAAGUGCCAUUCACUAAAAUUCUGACGUACUGUGGGCGUACUCAGGAUGCUGUGCAGCACGUUUUCAGUGUCGUUGAGAAUAACGUAAAUGACGGGUAUCUACAGACGCUGCUUGCAAAUCAAGCCAACCUUCCAGCCAAAGAUACUCCAUAUAGAGGAUAUAUGCUCGUGAAUAGAAGUGGUGACCAACCUCCCCUCAAGGAUGUACAGAAGGUUUCGAUCACCGAACCACGACCAAUCUAUUUCAUCUACUCCGGCAUGGGCUCACAAUGGCCUGGAAUGGGUCAGAACCUAAUGAUGAUUCCAGUAUUCGACGAAUCGUUGCGUGCAUCAAGCAAGACGUUGGAAGAAUUUGGUGUGGAUGUGUAUGGAAUGUUAUGCAACUCUGAUCCUGCUCAGUAUCAAAAUAAUACCCUUAACUGUAUGCUUGCCAUCACUGCUAUUCAGAUUGCAUUGACCGACUUAUUGUUCUCUCUAGGGGUUACUCCUGAUGGUAUCAUUGGUCAUUCAACUGGUGAAAUGGGAUGUGGUUAUGCUGAUGGUGGUAUUACACGUGAGCAGACAAUGAGGCUGGCAUAUCAUCGUGGAACAACAAUGAUGAAACACAAAGAAAUAAAAGGAGGCAUGGCAGCUGUUGGUUUGACCUGGGAGGAAGCUCAGGCACAAUGUCCUGAGGGAGUUGUUGCCGCGUGUCACAACGGUGCAGAUUCUGUCACUAUAUCAGGUGACGGCGAUAGGGUGUUACAGUUUUGUGAGCAGCUGAAAGAGAAAGGUAUCUUUGCCAAGGCCGUCGACUCCUCUGGGAUACCGUUCCAUUCACCUAUAAUGGCACGCGUCAAACAGCCUAUGCUCGAAGCAAUGCGCACUGCUGUUCCUGAACCGAAACCUCGGUCUUCUCGCUGGAUUUCUACUUCUAUACCCGAGGAUGAGUGGGAGAGUGAACUAGCAAGCACAUGCUCUGCUGACUACCAUGUGAACAAUGCCAUAUCACCUGUGCUGUUCUAUGAAGCCCUUCAGAAAAUCCCUCCAAGUGCAGUUACAAUCGAAAUGGCACCACACUCUCUUAUGCAAGCUGUCUUGCGUCGAUCAUUGCAUAAAACCGUUAGCAAUUCACUUGGCAAAAUCUACCAGACUGGUGUCAACAUUCGAGUAGAGGAUCUUUACCCUGGUGGUCGUUUCAAAGGUGUAGUUCCAAAAGGAACUCCUAUGAUCGGACCGAUGUGGAAAUGGGACCACUCUCAGGACUGGCCUGUAAUCAAUGGUCGUCAACUGAUUGCCGCAGGUGGUGGUUCUCCAUGUGUAUCUGCAUCAUACCAUAUUGACCCAUUUUCCGCUGAUUCGAAGGAAUCAUUUUUGCUUGACCACUGUAUUGAUGGUCGCGUACUUUAUCCGUUUACUGGUUACAUGGUGCUUGCAUGGAAAACACUUGCAAAACUGAAUGGAGUGGAUUUCCAGAAAACUCCUGUUGUGUUUGAAAAUAUUAAUGUCUAUUCAGCUACAAUGUUAACGAAGCCAAUCAAACUUGAUUGCGUCAUUACUCCUGGGAACGGCAUGUUUGAAAUAUUGUCAGAGGAACAGGUGGCGGCAUCUGGAAGGAUCUACAUUCCUGAAGAGAAUCAGCCUUUUUAUUAUGGUAAGCUUAGCGAUAUUCGAACAUCGGAGAUUGCUGAUCGAAUUGAGCUCGACAGUGAAGAUGCCUAUAAGGAGUUUCUCUUAAGAGGUUAUGAAUAUGGCCAAGCCUUCCGUGGAAUAUAUAAAACGUGUAACUCCGGUGAGCGUGGAUAUCUGUACUGGACGGGCAACUGGGUGACUUUCCUUGAUUCGUUGCUGCAGACUGCGUUACUCGCUGAACGUGCCGACACCCUUCGGUUACCAACACGAGUUCGCCAUCUACGUAUCGAUCCUGUUAAACAUCUUGAGCAUAUUAUAGAGAAAGAUGGUAUCCAGAUGUUUGAACUCCGUAACGACCAUGCUACAAAUGGAUGUAUAGCAGGUGGCGUCGAAUGUUGUGAUCUGACUGCACACACGGUUUCGCGCCGUAUUCAGGUUUCUGGACAGCUUUACCAUGAACGUAUUUUCUUUGUACCUCACUGUGAUGACAACUGCUUGAAAAACUUUGAAAAAGACAGAAACAUCAUUCUUCAGUAUUCUAACGCUCUGAAACAUGUGAUCGCUCGAGGAUUAGCGUCAUGGGAGAAAAGUGGUAUCUUGAGUAAAAUGACAAACGGAAAAGUUUUGAAGGCUGCAUUAAACGUUUUAAAACCGUUUGAGUUCAUGGUGGUCACUGAGGAUGCACUUCGCAAGUUUCUUGAAGAUAGUAAAUGCUCAGUGAUUCAUGCUUUCGAUGAGAUCUUUGCACUUGAAUUCACCAACGACAUGACCGUAGCCGAUUUUGAAUCAGUUGUUGUGAAUAAGCUGAAGCUUGUGAAGGCCGUUUUUGAUUGUGACCGCCUAUGGGCUAGCGCCCUAAAUCUGGACCGAGUGAUCAAAACAGUUCAGGAUGUUUGCGUGGAAAACUCUGCUGGCCAUUUAUCUAAGUUGUGUGCUGUUGAGUUAAACUCCUUCGAACAACUGAAGAAAUGCCUCGAAGCGAAUAUUUCUCAUCCACUUCUGGAGGUUUUAACAGAUAUGAUAUUUUAUAGUAUUGACUUCAUUCAAGCUGUCAUCUUCCAGGUCGAAUGCUUGUGCGUCGGGCCGAACAUAGAUCAUGUUGAUGAAAAUUCACUUGAGCAAAUCGGAGCACGCAAGCUACGUCUGAACAUUGAUGCAGAUUUCACUGGACAUAACGACGCUAAGAACAUGGAUUAUCUUCUUCUGGACAAGGUACUUUGUAGGAAAGCUGAUCCUAUUGCAUAUCUUAAUGCUUGCAAGCACCUUUUACGUGAUGACGGUUUUGCUAUUGUCGUUGAAGUCACUUCGGAGUAUGAACUGGCAGCUGUCAUUCAAGGCCUAUUUGGACAUGAACUAUCUGUUGCUGCUGAUCGUCGUUUGGGUACAUACUUCACGCAUGAGCAGCUUAUGCAGAUAUUCAAAGAGACUGGCUUCAAAGUCUGUAAUUAUCAACGUGACCCUGCCUUGAUGACAACUGCGUACGCAAUCCGGAAGACUCAAACUAUUCCACGUGAUCCAGUGUUUAUCGAUGUUGAUGAUGUCAAGGAGUUUACUUGGAUCGAACCUCUCCAAAAGGUCAUCGAGGAACGACUUAAUGAACCAGACAGCAAGACAGUUUGGCUUACGAAUACUAAAGUGCGCAGCAACGGUGUCGUUGGUCUUGCACUGUGUUUCGUGGAAGAGAAUCUCAAGUCUAAUCGUUUCCGCUCACUCAUUGAUAUCUCUCUAAACAAACAACGUCGUGAAGGUCCACCAGAAGUGAAACUUGAUGAUCCAAGAACGCAAGCGAUCAUUGAUCUCGACUUGCACGCUAACAACUAUAGAGACGGAGUUUGGGGCUCGUUGCGACAUUUCGUCGUCAAGGAUGAAGACACUCACAUGGUUAAGGAUUGUGAGCACGCAUUCAUUAAUACGCUGACACGUGGAGACGUUUCGUCGCUUACAUGGUUUGAAUCUCCCAAUCAAUAUUUUGACGCUAUUGACUCCCGAAAAAGCACGCAUGAACUUUGCUACGUUUACUAUGCUCCUAUCAAUUUCCGCGAUGUUAUGCUGGCUUAUGGUCGCCUGUCACCGGACGCGAUACCAGGGAACUUUGCUGACCGCGAGUGUUUGCUUGGAAUGGAAUUUGCUGGAAGAUUGAAAGAUGGCACUCGUCUUAUGGGAAUACUUCCUGCUCAGGCAUUGGCUACGUCCGUUAUUGUUGAUCGCGAAUACGCGUGGGAGGUGCCUGAUGCGUGGACUUUGGCUGAGGCGUCCACUGUACCUGUCGUCUACACAACGGCAUAUUAUGCACUCGUUUGUCGUGGGCGUAUAAAAAAAGGUGAACGAGUGCUGAUUCAUGGAGGAGCUGGUGGAGUGGGGCAGGCCGCAAUUGCCAUUGCACUCUCUUAUGGUUGUGAAGUCUUCACUACUGUUGGAUCGCUGGAUAAGCGAGCAUAUCUUAAGAAAAAAUUUCCACAAUUGAAGGAUCAUCAUUUCGCCAACUCUCGCUCGGCUGAUUUUGAGUUACACAUUCGUCAGUACACUAAGGGACGAGGGGUCAAUAUCGUGCUGAACUCUCUUGCUCGCGAAAUGUUGCAAGCGUCCCUUCGUUGUCUUGCUCGCCAUGGUAGAUUCCUGGAAAUUGGAAAAGUUGAUCUAGCUCAGAACUCAUCUUUGGGAAUGUCAAAGCUGCUUGAUAACGUUUCAAUCCACGGCAUUCUUUUAGAUGCAAUCAUGGAUCCAGCUGUUGGGGACAUUGACGAUUGGAAAGAGGUUGCAGCUCUACUGGAAGCUGGUAUUAAAAGUGGAGUGGUACAACCACUACCAGCCUCUCUGUUCCCUGCUGACAAGGCCGAGGAAGCUUUCAGAUUCAUGUCUGCUGGAAAACACAUUGGAAAAGUGGUUAUGGAGAUCAGGAAGGAGGAAAAUGUGCGGUUUUCUCCUCCAUCUGCUAUUAGCGUGCGUGCUAUUUGCCGCACGCUGUGUCAUCCUCAGCAUGUGUAUCUUAUUACUGGUGGUCUUGGUGGCUUCGGGCUUGAGUUAGCUCAAUGGCUGGUCAAUCGUGGUGCCCGGAAACUGGUCCUCACUUCUCGUUCGGGUAUCCGCACAGGGUAUCAGGCCCGGUGUGUCCACUUUUGGAGGAGAAGUGGUAUCUCUGUGCUUAUCUCCACGUUAAAUAUUGCUAAGAGAUCGGAUACUGAUGAACUCAUCCGCCAAUGUCUAUCGAUGAAUCGUUUGGGUGGAAUAUUUCAUCUUGCCAUGGUUCUUCGUGAUUGUUUAUUUGAAAAUCAGAAUGUCCAGAAUUUCAAAGAUGCAGCUGAAGCUAAGUACUAUGGUACUAUUAAUCUCGAUCAGUCAACAAGAGUCCAGUGUGAUGAUGCACUUCGUUGGUUUGUUGUAUUCUCAUCAAUUACGUCGGGUCGUGGUAACGCUGGCCAGACCAACUAUGGGUGGUCGAACUCCACUAUGGAACGUAUCAUUGAGCAACGACGAGAAGACGGAUAUCCUGGCAUUGCCAUUCAGUGGGGAGCUAUUGGCGAUGUUGGUGUCAUACUUGAAAACAUGGGAGAUAAUAAUACAGUUGUUGGUGGAACACUUCCACAAAGAAUGCCAUCUUGUUUGGCUUCAUUGGAUUUAUUCCUGUCGUGGAAUCAUCCAAUCGUCUCGUCAUACAUAAAAGCGGAUAUGGGCCAGAAGAAAGCCGCUGGUGGUGGCAAUUUAUUGCAGACAAUUGCGCACAUUCUUGGAGUGAACGAUGUUUCACAACUGAACCCGGAUGCAAACCUCGGAGAUCUUGGACUUGAUUCCUUAAUGGGUGUUGAGAUCAAGCAGGCCCUUGAACGAGAUUAUGAUAUUGUGCUUUCGAUGAAGGAUAUUCGUACACUUACUUUGAACAAACUCCAGCAAUUGGCUGAGAGUGGUGGACAGGGUACAACCGCUUUGCAAACUACUGAGCUGGACAUGAAGAAAGAAACCGAGAGGGACGCUGAGCGAAAUACCGUUGAAGUCCUUGAAAAACAGAUGAACCAACUGUUCAAGAUGCGCGUGGAUGUCAACGACCUCGAUCCUCAAGAUAUUGUUGUCGACGAGGGCCCGGUAACAUUCUUCGUCCAUUCUAUCGAGGGUAUUGCUACACCUCUUAAACGUGUUAUGACCAAAUGUAACUUUCCUGUUUACUGCUUCCAAUCAACAAAAGAAGUUCCGCAAGAUUCUAUAGAAAGUGUUGCGAAGUGUUAUAUUAGGGAAAUGAAGAAAGUUCAACCUAUUGGUCCGUAUCGGCUCGUUGGAUAUUCGUAUGGAGCAUGUAUUGGAUUCGAAAUGGCAACAAUGCUUCAAGAGCUGGAUGGUGUUUUUGCGGUCGAAAGGCUAAUUCUUCUUGAUGGAUCUCAUCUAUACAUGCAAACGUAUAGAAAUGUUUAUCGUAUGGCAUUUGGUGUCACCGGAGACACACUUGUUAAUAAUCCACUCUUCGAAUCGGAAAUCAUGUGCGCAAUGACGCUUCGCUUUGCCAAUGUCGACUACAAGAAAUUCCGUGUCGAAUUACUCCAACAACCUGGAUUCAAAGCUAGGAUACAGAAGGUUGUUGACACAGUGAUGACAACCGGACUUUUCAAAUCGCCUGAAACAAUAGCUUUCGCCUGUGAAGCAAUGCGAUCCAAAUUUUUAAUGGCGGACAAAUACAAACCGGAACGCAAGUUUGUGGGACAAAUCACGCUAGUGCGUGCUGAACAGGGCGCUGCUCGUGAAGAGGAUGUUGGCCAUGACUACGGUAUAGGUCAAGUGUCGGACGACUCGAAAGUGUACGUAGUUGAGGGCGAUCAUGACACAUUUGUACAAGGCAAGAGCUCAGCGAAAACAGUGGCGAUCAUCAAUGAACUUAUUUUGGGAACGCACAGAGGUUAA